AUGAUCCUACUUUGUCCAUCCUUUGCAUUCGCGACGUAUGAGGCGCAGGCACAAACUGGUCGCAGACGUUGCCGCGCGGCGCGGACGAGUUGUCCGUUGGUUGACAAGCGCGAACACCACAGUAUGACGAGGCACGACAGCAAAGGUUAUUCACGUAGAAGACGUUCAAGUGAAGUGAUUGAGGCGGACACAUCGCCAAAGCGCCGCAGGUCAAGUGAGUCGAUGAAUGUCAGCAUUCAAACUGAUAGACCGUUUUCACCAGCAACACUUGCGAGAAAGCUGGAUGAGAUGCGUGCAGAUAUUUUGAAGGAUGCUGUUGAUCAGCUAUCCGCAGUUGAACUCAGAGGCUUUGACGGAAAGGUGGAAACGGAGGAGGAGUACAUGAAACGCCGUGAAGAAGUGCGACGUCAGCUGAGCGAUCCCGAAGCAUUCGACGCAAAUGGAAGAACAGAACUUAACUAUGAUGCAGCUGCGAUUGCUGGGGCAAAACUGUUGAUUGACGAAAAAAGAGCGACUAGAAGCAUGUGUAAGAAGCUCCAUGAAGAUUGCGGUAUAGAAGAGGAUGAAAUCCUGUACAAGCCUCUCCCUUAUGAUGAAGGAAGCGUCUUCCAGUCAGCCAAACUUCUAGCAGAUUCGAGGCAAGCAUCAGUUGUAGAGUCUCUCGUCGACUUCCAAAAACAGAUUAAACUAAAAUCGGAGGUCCUUAAUUGUGUUGCACUAAGAAAUAACGAGGAAAUGUCGAAGUCAGAUGGAAGGUUGACUCGUCGUGCGCGUGAGGAGGAAAUGGAACGCCAGAAGGCCAACGCUAGAGCUGCCAAGCACAAGAAGAAGAAUCUUAUGCGCACUCCAUCGAAGAAUGUCCAGGUUAACCCACUCGACGAUAAAAAGAUAAUUGAAAGGUACGCCUUGGAGGUAGCUUCGGAAGUACGUGACAACCGAAAGCGUCGUCGUAUAGCCCCCGUACCGUUCGAUAUUACUCUACUCGAUGACAUUGAUUACAAUUUCAGCGGUUGUCCUGCAUAA